AUGGAGCUUUUCGAGGCUAGAGAUCACUACAUAAUUCAAGAAGGAGACAACAGCCUCUGGUGCAGCCGUUUCGAUGGAUCUCUGGUCGCAAAAACAGGUUCAGACAUAGUCAAUGCUUGGAACCCAGUAUGCUUAGGACUGGUUCAUGGGGUCAUUGGAAAGUUCAGAAUAUUGCCAGAUUCAGACUGGAGGUUGAUGCUGAUCCAGGAGCGCCACCUGGUGGGACAGCUGUACCGAGUUCAUGAUGUCUACAGGAUCACCAAGGUGUGCAUUGUGCCACUCACACCUGAGGAACCAGGGGAGUUGGACCUACAGUUGUGUAAGAAACACCACUUUGGGAUAAAGAAGACCAGCCGCAUUGCCAGCACACUUGAUCAGCAACAGAAAACACUGACCAAAACAUGGAACCAUCUCAAGUCUGUCGCAGGCCACGCCUCAAGGAAUAAAAAGAAAGAAGUGAAGGACAGAGAAAGGUUUGAGAGGAAGGUCACUGAGGAGAUCUUAAAGAUGUUCAAUGAGACGGACUCCUUCUACUACAGCAGCAGCACAGAUCUGACCAGUUCCCUCCAGAGGCAGCACGGUUCUACCUACAACACUGCCGACCCACUGUGGAAGAGGGCAGACCUGAGGUUCUUCUGGAACAGGGCUAUGCUGGAGGAACUGGUCAAUUCUCUGGAGCCCCUUUCUGAUCACUGGAUAGUUCCAGUCACCCAAGGCUACAUCCAGAUCUCUCAGUGCCAGAUGGUGAAUGAAAACGAGAUGAGCACCUUUUACACCAGCCAUAAGGAUAUGAUGAGGGAUGCGCCCCAGUACACCAUGACAAUCAUCUCGCGAAGGAGCAGGCACAGGGCAGGUAAGACAGACACAGUAGAUCACAGAUAUGUUUAG